AUGGUCAAUGAGAACACGAGGAUGUACAUUCCAGAGGAAAACCAUCAAGGUUCCAACUAUGGGAGCCCGCGCCCUGCUCAUGCCAACAUGAAUGCCAAUGCUGCUGCAGGGCUCGCCCCUGAGCACAUCCCUACACCGGGGGCGGCCUUGUCCUGGCAGGCGGCCAUCGACGCGGCCCGGCAGGCCAAGCUGAUGGGGAGCGCCGGCAACGCGACCAUCUCCACGGUCAGCUCCACACAGCGGAAGCGGCAGCAGUACGGGAAACCCAAGAAGCAGGGCAGCACGACGGCCACGCGCCCGCCCCGUGCCCUGCUCUGCCUGACUCUGAAGAACCCCAUCCGGAGGGCGUGCAUCAGCAUCGUUGAAUGGAAAUAUCCUUUACCAUUUGAAAUAAUUAUUUUACUGACUAUUUUUGCCAAUUGUGUGGCCUUAGCGAUCUAUAUUCCCUUUCCAGAAGAUGACUCCAAUGCCACCAAUUCCAACCUGGAACGAGUGGAAUAUCUCUUUCUCAUAAUUUUUACUGUGGAAGCAUUUUUAAAAGUAAUAGCCUAUGGACUUCUCUUUCACCCCAACGCUUACCUCCGCAAUGGUUGGAAUUUACUAGAUUUUAUAAUUGUGGUUGUAGGGCUUUUUAGUGCAAUUUUAGAACAAGCAACCAAAGCCGACGGGGCAAAUGCUCUGGGAGGGAAAGGAGCUGGAUUUGACGUGAAGGCACUGAGGGCAUUCCGUGUGCUGCGUCCCUUGCGCCUGGUGUCUGGAGUCCCAAGUCUCCAGGUGGUUCUGAAUUCCAUUAUCAAGGCCAUGGUGCCCCUGCUGCAUAUUGCCCUGCUAGUGCUGUUUGUCAUCAUCAUCUAUGCUAUCAUCGGCCUGGAGCUCUUCAUGGGGAAGAUGCAUAAGACCUGCUACAACCAGGAGGGCAUAGCAGAUGUACCAGCAGAAGAUGAUCCUUCCCCUUGUGCUCUGGAGACAGGCCAUGGGCGGCAGUGUCAGAACGGCACUGUGUGCAAGCCCGGGUGGGACGGGCCCAAGCACGGCAUCACCAACUUCGACAAUUUUGCCUUCGCCAUGUUGACGGUGUUCCAGUGCAUCACCAUGGAGGGCUGGACAGACGUGCUGUACUGGGUCAAUGAUGCCGUAGGAAGGGACUGGCCCUGGAUCUAUUUUGUUACACUAAUCAUCAUAGGGUCAUUUUUUGUACUUAACUUGGUUCUCGGUGUUCUUAGCGGAGAGUUUUCCAAAGAAAGGGAGAAGGCCAAGGCUCGGGGAGAUUUCCAGAAGCUUCGAGAGAAGCAGCAGCUGGAAGAGGACCUGAAGGGCUACCUGGACUGGAUCACCCAGGCAGAGGACAUCGACCCCGAGAAUGAGGAUGAAGGCAUGGAUGAGGAGAAGCCCCGAAACAUGAGCAUGCCCACAAGCGAGACCGAGUCUGUCAACACCGAAAAUGUGGCUGGAGGUGACAUCGAGGGAGAGAACUGCGGGGCCAGGCUGGCCCACCGGAUUUCCAAAUCAAAGUUCAGCCGCUACUGGCGCCGGUGGAACCGGUUCUGCAGAAGAAAGUGUCGUGCUGCAGUCAAGUCUAAUGUCUUCUACUGGCUUGUGAUCUUCCUGGUGUUCCUCAACACGCUCACCAUCGCCUCGGAACACUACAACCAGCCCCACUGGCUCACGGAGGUGCAAGACACGGCCAACAAGGCACUGCUGGCCCUUUUCACUGCGGAGAUGCUGCUGAAGAUGUACAGCCUAGGCCUGCAGGCCUACUUUGUGUCCCUCUUCAACCGCUUCGACUGCUUCAUUGUGUGCGGGGGCAUCCUGGAGACCAUCCUGGUGGAGACCAAGAUCAUGUCUCCCUUGGGCAUCUCUGUGCUGAGAUGUGUCCGGCUGCUGCGGAUAUUUAAAAUCACAAGGUACUGGAAUUCCUUAAGCAACCUGGUGGCAUCCUUGCUGAAUUCUGUACGCUCCAUUGCCUCCCUGCUGCUGCUCCUCUUCCUCUUCAUCAUCAUCUUCUCCCUCCUGGGGAUGCAGCUCUUUGGGGGAAAGUUCAACUUUGAUGAAAUGCAGACCCGGAGAAGCACAUUCGAUAACUUUCCCCAGUCCCUCCUCACUGUGUUUCAGAUCCUGACCGGGGAGGACUGGAAUUCGGUGAUGUAUGAUGGGAUCAUGGCUUAUGGCGGCCCCUCUUUUCCAGGGAUGUUAGUCUGUAUUUACUUCAUCAUCCUCUUCAUCUGUGGAAACUAUAUCCUACUGAAUGUGUUCUUGGCCAUUGCUGUGGACAACCUGGCUGAUGCUGAGAGCCUCACAUCUGCCCAAAAGGAGGAGGAAGAAGAGAAGGAGAGAAAGAAGCUGGCCAGGACUGCCAGCCCAGAGAAGAAACAAGAGGUGGUGGAGAAGCCAGCAGUGGAGGAGACCAAGGAGGAGAAAAUUGAACUGAAAUCCAUUACAGCUGAUGGAGAAUCCCCACCCACCACCAAGAUCAACAUGGAUGACCUCCAGCCCAAUGAAAAUGAGGAUAAGAGUCCCUACCCAAACCCAGAAAAUACAGGAGAAGAGGAUGAGGAGGAGCCUGAGAUGCCUGUGGGCCCCCGCCCACGACCACUCUCUGAGCUGCACCUUAAGGAAAAGGCAGUGCCAAUGCCAGAAGCCAGUGCGUUUUUCAUCUUCAGCCCCAACAACAGAUUUCGCCUCCAGUGUCACCGCAUCGUCAAUGACACGAUCUUCACCAACCUGAUCCUCUUCUUCAUUCUGCUCAGCAGCAUUUCCCUGGCAGCUGAGGACCCCGUCCAGCACACCUCCUUCAGGAACCAUAUUCUGUUUUAUUUUGACAUUGUUUUCACUACCAUUUUCACCAUUGAAAUUGCUCUGAAGAUCCUAGGCAAUGCAGACUAUGUCUUCACUAGUAUCUUUACAUUAGAAAUUAUCCUUAAGAUGACUGCUUAUGGGGCUUUCCUACACAAGGGCUCUUUUUGCCGAAACUACUUCAACAUCUUGGACCUGCUGGUGGUCAGCGUGUCCCUCAUUUCCUUUGGCAUCCAGUCCAGCGCAAUCAACGUGGUGAAGAUCUUACGAGUCCUGCGCGUCCUCAGGCCCCUGAGAGCCAUCAACAGGGCCAAGGGGCUAAAGCACGUGGUUCAGUGCGUGUUUGUUGCCAUCCGGACCAUCGGGAACAUCGUGAUUGUCACCACGCUGCUUCAGUUCAUGUUCGCCUGCAUCGGGGUCCAGCUUUUCAAGGGAAAGCUCUACACCUGCUCAGAUAGUUCCAAACAGACUGAGGCGGAAUGCAAGGGUAACUACAUCACAUACAAGGACGGGGAGGUCGACCACCCCAUCAUCCAACCCCGCAGCUGGGAGAACAGCAAGUUUGACUUUGACAAUGUUCUGGCGGCCAUGAUGGCCCUCUUUACCGUCUCUACCUUUGAGGGGUGGCCGGAGCUGCUGUACCGCUCCAUCGACUCCCACACAGAAGACAAGGGCCCCAUCUACAACUACCGUGUGGAGAUCUCCAUCUUUUUCAUCAUCUACAUCAUCAUCAUUGCCUUCUUCAUGAUGAACAUCUUCGUGGGUUUUGUCAUCGUCACCUUCCAGGAGCAGGGGGAGCAGGAAUACAAGAACUGUGAGCUGGACAAGAACCAGCGACAGUGCGUGGAAUAUGCCCUCAAGGCCCGGCCCCUGCGCAGGUACAUUCCCAAGAACCAGCACCAGUACAAAGUGUGGUACGUGGUCAACUCCACCUACUUUGAAUACCUGAUGUUCGUCCUCAUCCUGCUCAACACCAUCUGCUUGGCCAUGCAGCACUACGGCCAGAGCUGCCUCUUCAAAAUUGCCAUGAACAUCCUCAACAUGCUCUUCACUGGCCUCUUCACCGUGGAGAUGAUUCUGAAGCUCAUUGCCUUCAAACCCAAGGGUUACUUUAGUGAUCCCUGGAAUGUUUUUGACUUCCUCAUCGUAAUUGGCAGCAUAAUUGACGUCAUUCUCAGUGAGACUAAUCACUAUUUCUGUGAUGCAUGGAAUACAUUUGACGCCUUGAUUGUUGUGGGUAGCAUUGUUGAUAUAGCAAUCACCGAGGUAAACCCAGCUGAACAUACCCAAUGCUCUCCCUUUAUGAACGCAGAAGAGAACUCCCGCAUCUCCAUCACCUUCUUCCGCCUCUUCCGGGUCAUGCGCCUGGUCAAGCUGCUGAGCCGCGGGGAGGGCAUUCGGACCCUGCUGUGGACCUUCAUCAAGUCCUUCCAGGCCCUGCCCUAUGUGGCUCUUCUGAUAGUGAUGCUGUUCUUCAUCUACGCAGUGAUCGGGAUGCAGGUGUUUGGGAAAAUUGCCCUGAAUGACACCACAGAGAUCAACCGGAACAACAACUUCCAGACCUUCCCCCAAGCUGUGCUGCUUCUCUUCAGGUGUGCCACAGGGGAGGCAUGGCAGGAUAUCAUGCUGGCCUGCAUGCCAGGGAAGAAGUGUGCCCCCGAGUCGGAGCCCAGCAACAGCACAGAAGGCGAAACACCCUGUGGCAGCAGCUUUGCGGUCUUCUACUUCAUCAGCUUCUACAUGCUGUGUGCCUUCCUGAUCAUCAACCUCUUUGUAGCCGUCAUCAUGGACAACUUUGACUACCUGACAAGGGAUUGGUCAAUCCUUGGUCCCCAUCAUCUGGAUGAAUUUAAAAGAAUCUGGGCAGAGUAUGAUCCUGAAGCCAAGGGUCGUAUCAAACACCUAGAUGUGGUGACCCUGCUCCGACGGAUUCAGCCCCCACUGGGUUUUGGGAAGUUGUGCCCUCACCGUGUGGCUUGCAAACGCCUGGUCUCCAUGAACAUGCCUCUGAACAGUGAUGGGACAGUCAUGUUCAAUGCCACCCUAUUUGCCCUGGUCCGGACAGCCCUGCGAAUUAAAACAGAAGGAAACCUAGAACAAGCCAACGAGGAGCUGCGGGCCAUAAUCAAGAAGAUCUGGAAGCGGACCAGCAUGAAGCUGCUGGACCAAGUGGUGCCCCCAGCGGGUGAUGACGAGGUCACGGUUGGCAAGUUUUAUGCUACUUUCCUGAUCCAGGAGUACUUCCGGAAAUUCAAGAAGCGCAAAGAGCAGGGCCUGGUGGGCAAACCCUCCCAGAGGAACGCCCUAUCCUUGCAGGCUGGCUUGCGCACACUGCAUGACAUCGGGCCUGAGAUCCGACGGGCAAUCUCUGGAGAUCUGACGGCCGAGGAGGAGCUGGACAAGGCCAUGAAGGAGGCUGUGUCUGCUGCCUCCGAAGACGACAUCUUCAGGAGGGCCGGCGGCCUGUUCGGCAACCACGUUGGCUGCUACCAAAGCGACGGCCGGAGCGCCUUCCCCCAGACCUUCACCACCCAGCGCCCACUGCACAUCAACAAGGCGGCUAACAGCCAAGGCGACACCGGGUCGCCGUCCCACGAGAAACUGGUGGACUCCACUUUCACCCCCAGCAGCUACUCGUCCACUGGCUCCAACGCCAACAUCAACAAUGCCAACAACACUGCCCUGGGCCGCUUCCCCCGCCCCACUGGCUACCCCAGCUCGGUCAGCACCGUGGAGGGCCAUGGGCCCCCCUUGUCUCCUGCCGUCCGGGUACAGGAGGCAGCCUGGAAGCUCAGCUCCAAGAGAGAGGAGGGCACACCCUGGUGCAGGAGGGUCUCGAGCUCAGCAGGGACUCAGGCUCACUGCUUUCUGACUUCACUUCUCCCUCUUGGACCCUUCAGGUGCCACUCCCGGGAGAGCCAGAUAGCCAUGGUGUGUCAGGAGGUCUCUCAGGACGAGCCCUAUGACGUGCGGAUGAGCGAAGACACGGAGUACUGCAGCGAGCCCAGCCUGAUCUCCACAGAGAUGCUCUCCUAUCAGGACGAUGAAAAUCGGCAAUUAACACCACCUGAGGGGGACAAGAGAGGCAUCCAGCAAUCUCCAAAGAGGGGUUUCCUCCGCUCUGCCUCACUAGGUCGAAGGGCCUCCUUCCACCUGGAAUGUCUGAAGCGACAGAAGAAUCAAGGGGGAGACGUCUCUCAGAAGACAGUCCUGCCCUUGCAUCUGGUUCAUCAUCAGGCAUUGGCAGUGGCGGGCCUGAGCCCCCUCCUGCAGAGAAGCCAUUCCCCCAGCACGUUCCCCAGGCCGUGCGCCACCCCCCCAGCCACACCGGGCAGCCGAGGCUGGCCCCCACAGCCGAUCCCCACCCUGCGGCUGGAGGGGGCCGAGUCCAGCGAGAAACUCAACAGCAGCUUCCCAUCCAUCCACUGCGGCUCCUGGUCCGGGGAGCCCACGCCUUGCGCUGGGGGCAGCAGCGCCAUCCGGAGAGCCCGGCCGGUGUCCCUCACUGUGCCCAGCCAGGCUGGGGCCCGGGGCAGGCAGUUCCACGGCAGUGCCAGCAGCUUGGUGGAAGCGGUCUUGAUUUCAGAAGGACUGGGGCAGUUUGCUCAAGAUCCCAAGUUUAUCGAGGUCACAACCCAGGAGCUGGCUGAUGCCUGUGACAUGACCAUAGAGGAGAUGGAGAACGCCGCCGACAACAUCCUCAGUGGGGGCGCCCAGCAGAGCCCCAACGGCACCCUACUACCUUUUGUUAACUGCAGGGACCCGGGGCAGGACAGAGCAGGGGGCCAAGAGGGCGAGAGCUGCGCCGCGGCUCGGGCGUGUCGGAGGAGCGAGGAGGAGCGCCAGGACAGCAGAGCCCACCCCGGCAGCCUGUAGUCGCUAGGGCUGGGGAGACGCUGGGUUUUUUAUUUGUUUCAAUGUUCCUAAUGGGUUCGUUUCAGAAGUGCCUCACUGUUCUCGUGACCUGGAGUUAACCGGAACAGCGUCUUCAUUCAUUUCGUUGGGACAAGACGCAGAGUUGGGUGGUGUGCAGAGUCCGUUUUCCGGGGGGAAGGAAGGCAGCAACCCCAGUUUGUAUUGUGUCCACAGAGGUAGAGUGGUGAGGAGGAGUGGAAGAAUCAGCGAGGGAGAGCAAGAGAAGAGACACCUGCCCUCACCUCCGGGCAUGAAAGAGAACCUCAGCUUCCUGCGGUAGCCCUCACCAAAAGGACCCCAUGUCAAACGGGUGUCUUUCAACUUUGCUUGUAAAAAAAAAAAAAAAAAAAAAAAAUCAUUUUGCACAUAUUCUGUAUGAGCCUCACUGUCUCCAUAGAGCCGGGGCCCUGUGGAUUUGCAGAAGGAAGCAGGGGUGUGACUGCAGCGAGGACACAGCCCCGUCCCCCAGAGGGACGAGGUGCAGCCCGAGGCAGAGGAGCUCGGGAGCGGAAAGGAGCAGAGGGCGAGGGCUGCAUUCGGCCUCCAAGGCGCAGGCUCCCCGCCGUGCCCCGCCCGUCUGCAUGAGGACCAGCGUCCCUGCACAGGCCCACCGAGCUCCAGCCCAGCGGCUGGGCCUGCAUCGGGGCGAGGGGGCACUGGCACCGCCUGCCAGGGAAGGGGCAGCCGGCCCUUGACAAGACGAGGUGGUGCUGAGCUUCUUGUUGAGCGCUCUUUUGUUUUAGGGUUUAACAUUUUUCUUGAUAGCAUGUUGCAGUU